AUGCAUUUUGGCAAAAAAGAUUCUGCGCGCAAGGUAUUAUUGGCUUACUAUGGAGCAAAUUGCUUUAGUUUUGUUCGCAAGUGUCGCCAAUGCCAGAUUCAAUGCGACCUGAUUCACUUGCCUCCGUUGAAAUUGCACCCCAUGUCCUCUCCUUGGCCUUUCGUUUCUUGGGGAAUGGAUGUUAUUUGGCUAAUCGAGUCAAAGGCUUCAACUGGGCAUAGAUUUAUUUUGGUUGCCAUUGAUUACUUCACCAAGCGGGUGGAAGCAGUUACUUUCAAAGCAAUCACCAAGAAAGCAGUGACCAUUAUCCCUAGCAACGCAGCCAAUAUAAAUAGUCAUCUGAUGAAGAAGGUAUGCGAGAAAUUUGAAAUUGUGCAUCGCCAUUCUACCCCUUACCGUCCAAAAGAUAAUGGAGUCGUUGAAGCAAAAAACAAGAACAUCAAGAAGAUUAUCACGAAGAUGAUCCAAGGGUCCAGGCAAUGGCACGAAAAAUUGCGUUUUGCUCUUUUUGGAUACCGCAUGACUGCUCGCACAUUUGUUGGUGCAACUCCCUUAUCUGCUGGUGUAUGGAACGGAAGCUGUAAUACCGGCUGA